AUGUCCUCAUCCAUCCUCAUCCAGGGGCCCAUCGCCGUCAUCAGUCCCAGCUACAUCUCCCCAAAGCGGGAUCUUCUCACCCUGAGCCCUGGCAAAAGCAACAGGGCCUUGGAGAUUCCCCGCAGAGGCUCUGUCAAUGUGUCAUCAUCAUCAGAGCAGCCAGUUGGCUCCAUGACUGCACAUGUGUCAGCAGAAAUGAAGGCCAUUUACUUGGUAACACCAGCAGCAGCGGUGGCGGCUGUAGCUGUGGUGGUGGUGGUAGCUGUGGUGGUGGUAGCUGUGGUGGUGGUAGCUGUGGUGGUGGUAGCUGUGGUGGUGGUAGCUGUGGUGGUGGUGGUAGCUGUGGUGGUGGUAGCUGUGGUGGUGGUGGUAGCUGUGGUGGUGGUCUCGCCAGAGUCUGAAGUGGAGACUGAGUCCUCGCAAGCUACACGUUGGUGA